GUGUGAGAUUUUCACCCUCAUUCUCCAGUGCCUCGUCGAGUUUGGUGAAGUCAGCAUCUAACAUGACAGCAACAUCUUCUAUGCGGCCUUAUGCCUUUGAUCGUCAACAAAGCCUGCUGCAGCUUGACUGCAGCGCCGACUUGCGUCACUAUUCUCGCAAUCUCGGCCCCGGCGUCCAGGAGCGCAUCUUCCAAACCACGAGCGACGCACUAAGAACUCAGCUCGAUGAACACCGCGACUUUCUGCUCAAACACCAGAGACAACAGCAACAACAACAGCAGCCGCAUCUGGCUCCUGUUCCCGUUCCGAGUGGUCCUGCGCCAGCCCUCGCCCAACCGUACACACAUGUUCGGCCUUACGCCCAACCGCCGCAGCCCCCUUCGGUAUCUUCGGUUAUACCGGCGGCAAUAGCAACGCGGAGUCCGACAAAAACGGUACCAGGGGACAUCAACACAUACCCGCUCGCGCUACGUGAGGCGUUGUACUCGCAGAAAUCAGCGUCACGAGUCCAUGACGGUCGGACAAUAUACCAUGUGGUGGCGAGCAGGGCAGGCACGCACUCAGGCGAAGAGGCAGCGGUAGUAACCAGUCGCCGAAGCAUGGUGAUCGCCAAUGAAGUGGCAGCACAGUAUUUCCUUGAGAAUUACCUGGACAACAGCGAGGAAAUAAAGUACAAGCAACUAGACAAUGGCGCAUUGAGUUGCGAGGCAGUCAGGGACAAACAACGUAUAAGCGUGUAUGUACAAGAGGCGAAGUCAGAGUAAAGAUAUAAAGGAGAGGUGUGUGCAGUUCCAAGAAUGGGACAUGGGUUUAGGGUCCCAUGGUAGUCUUUGUGAUGAUCACAUGUCAGGUCCGACCAUAGUGUUAUUUUCCGCACAGCUCUCCAGUAGGUCAGCAGUCGAUCGGUGAUUACCGCAACGAGGGAUACGUGUCUGGGCACCGGUCGUGGCAUUGCUGUGACAGUGUGGGAGCUUCAAUAGUACUGUUGUACAUGCAGCGAAGCACCAAGCAGCCUGUAGGUCUCGCAAAAGCAUGGAACUUGACAUGAGGAGAAGACCAUUGCCAUGGACAGGCAGAAUAGAGGUCUCUUUAUUCCAUAUGGCAUAGUCAUGGACCGCUUGCCUGAGAUAUGGGGAUGGAACAACUGCGUCAUUGUAGAAUUUAGAUUUCUGUAGAUUUGUUGAAAUAAUUAGUAG